UAAACCUGAAAGCAUCGAAAGCUUGUUGUUCCUUGGAUACCGCGGGCCUACACGACUUUCCUCGACAAUAUCUCGGGGUUUUAUGUUGGUUUCGAUUGAGUCACUAGUCAAGUUCUUAAGAAUGGACAGUUAAAGAGGGUUGAAGAUCGUCACCAACAGCUAUGGGGAAAAAGGGGAAGAAAGGGAAGAAGAGCGGGAAGAAGAGCGGAAAGGCAAAGAAAGAUAAGAAAGAGAAGGAGCCUCAGAUGACCAUCAGGGAAGCCAUUUUAGCAUAUCAGAUCAAUGUAAAAGAAAAUGCAUUGGAGGAGUUUAUGUAUGAGAUCAAAGGUUUGGAGGAAAAACGCCAGCGGAACAAAGAGAGGAAUGAGCGUUUGAAGGAGGAGCAGCUGUACCACAUCAAAACCCUCCUCAAGCAGGCCAAGGAGAGAGACAAGGAGCUGGAACAGGUGACUGUCAUUAACAAGGAGCAGGUGGAGACAUCCUUGAAGGAGAAAUGGAGAUCCUGCAAAGAGGAGGAGAAAGCCAUAGAGGACCUGAAGAACGAAAUUAGUGAGACAAUGAAGCAGUACGAUGAGGACCUGAUUCAGGUGAAGAAAUGGACGGAGUAUAAGGACAAAGGAAGCAUAGAGCAUGCAAAGCAUAUCAAACUGCUUCAAGAAGAGUUGGAGGACAUGCAGAAAAACUUUGAAGAAAUGACAGCUCAUUUAGAGAGGACCUUGAACAUUGCCAAGGAAGAGAUCAAGAAAGAAACAACGGAAAGAUUAGACGAACAAAAAUACAUAGCUUCAGAGAAAGCAAUUAAAACUCUGGACAAGUUUAGUUCUCAAGAAGUAAUUGAUAAUGAUUGGUUGAAGAAAGAGUUGGAGAUUCACAAGGAAGAAACGAUUCUACUCCAGGAGGAGGUCGAGGGGUUGGAAAGGGAUAAUCUAGAGGUCAUGGGUCAACUCUUUGACUGUAGAACAGAAGAUCUCAAAAUAUCAAGGAAGUUUUACCUGACCCAAUUUGAGGAUAAUGAGGACCUUACUGAUGGAGGAAUCCUUGAGUUUGAUCUGGCUACGUCAGCUAUCAGUCAGGGCGAUAUGGUACCUCCUGUACUGCCACUCACACAAGGACCUCGUAAGCAGAGGCCACAGAGUGCGACCCAGAGGGCGGUAGAGCAGAAAGUCUUCUCACUUCUACCCCCCGAGCAAGGCCAAGCCAUUAGCGAGGGAGAGGAUGAGGAGGAGGAGGAGGAAGAUGAUGAAGAGGUCUACGCUCGCCAUAGGGGAGAGGAAGAGGAAUACCUGGGCGGCUUGGAUAACUAUCUCAACUUUGACGAUGAAGAUUUUGAUGACUACCUUAAACUGGGACCCCUGGAACUAAAGCUCUUAAGCAUUGAAGGUCACACUAAACCCAUCCAUACGCACAAGAAGCUGUCAGAUCAAGAGGAGCAAUCUAAGCUCUCUGCACCGGACGUUUGGCCCGUCACGGGGGACAUGUUGAGGUCGGUCACUAGGACAUCUAUGCAAGAGACAUAAACUGAUGCAGUCCAUGGUUUGCUUAAACCUACUCCGGCCGGCCAGGCGCUGUUAAAGUGAAUUUCAUCACCUUUUCUCAUUCAAACUGUCACUGGUAUUUAUCUCUUUGCAAUAUGGUUCUCUAAUAAUAAGGUGAAUUUCUGAAAAGAAAGUGCCUGGAUAGAAACCAUGUAGAAAAGUUGAGAAAAAUUAUUGUUUGGAAAAAAGAUAAUGCCUUCAAACUUUUGUAACGUGAUGCCAUUGCAUUUAUAUGGAAACGGCAUCUCUGACCAAUGGAAAAUAGAAUUAUAAGUUUUGUGGCGUUAUGCCUUUGACUUAUAUGUGUUUUUAGAGUAUCAAUGUGCAACUUUGUGAAAUAGCAUGCAUUAUUUUCUCUUACUCUCUCCCUCACUCUCUUUCUUGAUCAACCAUACAUUUUGUAGCAUAUUUUCACAUAUGAAAUGACAUGAAUUUAUAUUUUUCCCCCUUCCACAGGGUCUCGAUUUCCAAGGGCUGUAAAUAUGCAUUACAAAAAUACCAAGUAAAAAAUAAUUGUUCUCAAAAUUAUAUAUGCCUGUGUUUCCACUUCUCACCCAUAGCAGAACAGUGUCUCCUUUUAGUGUCAUUUUUGCACUACCUUUUGAUCCAGAAUGCUGGGAAUUACAGAUUAUAGAGGAGCAGCAAGAGCCCAGAAAUUUGGAGACGAUUAUAGCAAUUUAAUUGUAAUUAGUUAUUAUAGUCUCUAAUUGGCAAUGCCGGGUAAAGGGAAAACAAACAAAAAAUCCAUAUUUUUGUAUCCGAAUGGUCAAUUUUUGGGGGGUUAAAAUUGACCAAUUCAAUUCAUUUCAUAAAAGUAUGAUGGAGUGGAAAAUAGAUUAACUCUUUCCAAUUUGAAGAUGAAAAACUGAUUAGUUUAGAAAAUAAGAGCUCUCUGAACUGCUUUGGGUUAAUAUAUGUAUAUGACACAGGAUAAGGUAUAGUCUAUCUCAUUAUUAUUGACCAGCAUGGCUGCUGAUGUAGUUACUUGCAAGCUUCCAUGAUUACAAUCCAUUUCCCUCCGUACAAGUAAAAACUCAUCACUGAGCAAGAUUUUGAACAUAAAUUAAAAGAAGAAAGAAGAUAUAUGCAUGUGUAUUGGAGCUUCCUGCUUUAUUCAACUGUGUAGAGAUAAACUAUAGCAAAUUCACUAUAUUAUGCAAAGAUGACAAAUGAUAUGAAUAAAUUAUAUUCUUUAUGAUGUAAAAUCAAUUUGUUUAAAUGCAUUAGAAAAAGAAUAGAAUCCAUGCAAAUAUAAGAUUGAAUAAUUAAUUGAUUAAAGGUCAGAUGGUAUGUUUGUUUUACCUGACUGGUAAGAAAGCAUGUAACCGAUGGCUUUAACUUGUGAGGAUUAAUGCCUUACCAAAGGACAUUAGUGCAUCAAAAUUGGUUUCUAACCCAGAACCACUUCUCUACAACUGAGCCAUUGCGCCUCACUCAAAUUGUAUAUGUUUUAACAGACGUUAGUCAUGUACUGUUAAAAUGGAAGUCAGUAUUAAGUUUUCUGUAGUAUUGAAUGUGGAGUUGUGGUCAUGAAUCCGUCCAACAUAUAAGAUGCAAAUUGUAAAGAUGUCCAUGAUGAAAAUCUUUUAUACAUACAUGUAUUUGUGUUCUUGAAGGAGUCAAGUGAAAUUGUUGAUAUUAUCAUUUUCAGGGAAAAAUAAUUCCUCUGAAGUAAACCAAGAUGCAAAUUGUAUUGUGAUUCCAUCCUUUCUGUCCACAAAAAACUAAAAGUUCUCAAUUACAGAAAGAGACAAAGAUUGUGUAAAUAUGAGAUUAUUUAAAAGGAAAAUUGUAAAAUACAUUUCAAAAAUUAUAUAAGCAUAUGAAAAACUUACUAUUAAAUUACUUGUGCAUUCUUGAACUGUAUAUAUCUUUUGCAUGUAAUAAACUAAAUGUGAACAAAAAA